AUGGCUCUCAAUUCAAUAUGGGCGCGAAUAAGAGGUAGUUCCGGCCCUCCAAGCCUUACUCGGACAACGAUGCUGAACCUCAUCGGCUUUGCGACCUGGAUUCCGGUGAUUGCCUGGUUCAACCUGCAUGUGGCGGAGCUGACGGUCAUUGACGGGUCGUCGAUGUAUCCUUUUAUGAAUGCGGAUAGGGAUUCGUCGCUACGAAGGGAUGUGGUGCUGAAUUACAAGUGGUCGCCGCAGGAGGAUUUGCAGAGGGGAAUGAUUGUGACGUUGAGGAGCCCCUUUCACCCUGAGACAAUUGCCGUCAAGAGAGUGGUUGCCUUAGAAGGCGAUGUUAUCAAGACCAAGCAGCCAUAUCCCGUUUCGACAGUCAAGAUACCACAGGGACAUGUUUGGGUAGAAGGAGACGGUCCUCCAGGCUCAAGCCUAGACAGCAACACUUAUGGCCCGGUUUCAAAGAGAUUAUUAACGGGCAGAGUGACACACAUUGUCUAUCCGCCGAAGAAGUUUGGGCCGGUGCGGUGGUGGGAGCAUGACAGGCCAUUGGUGGAGUGA